UGGAUACAGUGUCAGCCUUCCGCAAUAUAAGCCUGUUUUCAUAUUACUUGACCUACGACUUGGGCAUGACAUCGUUUUAGAAACAUGGAUUAAAGUAAGCAGCCGGAUCUCAAUGUACACUUGGGUAGAUAGGAGACACUGUUAAAAUGGCGAUUGAUCCCGGAUUUUUUACCACUGGCCUUUUACUUGGCCUUAUCGCAUUAUUCCUGCUGAUAAGCCAUUUGAGAAAACGAUGGCCUACGACAAAUUUUCCACCAGGCCCAAGAGGACUACCGUUCGUCGGUAGUAUGUUAUCCCUUUCUCCGUCCGUCCACCUGGAUCUUCAUAAAUACAGAAAGACAUAUGGAGACAUUUUCAGCCUGAUGCUGGGUGAUUCAGUAGUGGUAGUCAUGAACAGUGCAGCACUAGUGAAAGAGGUUCUCCGCAGAACGCAAUCGAGUAACCGGAUCUACUUCUGGAGUCAGAGUCAGUUUUCAAACCCACAUCGACAGGGUAUAUUCGAUCUUCUCUAUGGUGAUAAAUGGCAAACACAGCGCCAAUUUGCAGUCCGUACCCUCCGUGAUUUCGGUUUUGGAAAACGAAGUAUGGAACACCAAAUAGCAGAAGAAGUAAAAACCAUGAUUUCCACGUUAAAGAAGAAAGCAGAUGAAAGUGUUGACAUGAAGGUUCUACUUUCCACAAGUGUAUCGAAUGUUAUGUGCAAAUUGAUCUUCAACCAACGCUUCGACCACAAAGACAAAGAGUUUCUCAUGAUUUUGGACUUAAUCAACAAAGCCUUCCUCAGUCAGGGAAGAGCAUAUGACUUCAUCCCAAUAUUGCGUUUAUUUCAAAGGAAAAAAAUUGCUUCUGAUCGGAAGAUCUGGGAAUCAUUCUAUGCAUACAUUGCGCACCAAAUCAAAGUGCACCGGCAGACGUUCCAACAGGACGAUACCCGCGAUUUCAUCGAUGCAGCUAUUAUUCAAGAAGAAGUCGAUCCUGUUAACUUCAAUGACGAGGAACUAAAAUUAAAUGUAACUAACUUAUUUAUGGCAGGAACUGAAACAAUAUCUUCUACCUUAUCCUGGGCAAUGUUGUACAUGGGGAUAAACCAAGACAUCCAAGAAAAGGUUUUUCUUGAAAUAAAAAAUGUAAGCCUACACCUGAACUUUAACAUACAUACGAAGGCGUAUAUAUUAUCACUAUCAUAUAUAAGUCGUUGAAACAAAAAAUUAUGACAACAAGGCAUGUA